UAUUAAAAGGAAGUUGAAAAUCAUUGACUAGCGUCUUUCCCAGUCUCUCCAAUUUCACUUUGACAGUGCCCGAGAAAUCGAAUUCCUCCGUUCGACGGCGAUUCGUCGUGACGGGAUACUUCUCCACUUCUUCCACCUGAUCUCAUCUCUUUCAGCGUCGUUCGUCGCGCUCUCUCGGUUUUAUCCGGCAGUAUCGCUGAUCGUGCUUCGCCUCGCCACUGAAGAAAAUCCGGCAUUUCGAAAACAUCAUUGCGAUUGUGCGGUUACUGUAUAUGAACUUCUCUCGUAGCGUCGUUCGUCGCGCUCCCUUCGCAUCGCCACUAAAGUUAAUCUAGGCAAAUGACUAAUUCAUCGGAAAAGAGUUUUCCUCUGAGUGCGAAAGAUUACGAGCUUUUUGAGGAGAUCGGCGAUGGUAUUAACAGAGGCCGAUGCAUUGUACGUGAUGAAAUUGUGGCCGUCAAGAUCUUGGAUCUUGAGAAAUGCAGUAGCAAUGUGGAAACCAUAACCAAAGAAGUUCACACAUUGAGCUUAAAUGAGCAUUGCUCUUUCUUAGAUGGUAGCAAAUUCUGGAUUGUGCUGCCUUACCUUCAUGGGCAAGGACACGCCCAUCAAGAUGUUAAGGCUGGGGACAUUUUGGCCGGCUCAAACGAAACUGUUAAGCUUGGAGACUUUGGACUUUCAGCAUCCCAGUUACCACCGCCUCUUGGAGAGCAUGUUGACAUCCCUUCUGGUGCAAAGAAUCCAACUUGUGAAGACGAGCUACUUGAACGAAAUUUUGCUUCAGAUAAUUCGGGCAAAGUGAAAAACGACGAAGCGGUGGCCUCUUGGAUACAGAAUCCUUUGUCUAACGAUGCUGCUCAAAUCCUCCCAGUGUUACAGAAUCUCCUGCACGACAAUGAAAUGCAAAGGGAGCGAUUAAUCGGAUUAAUUCAGCUCUAUGAUCCAACUCCUGUCAACAUAAAUCCAAUGAUGAAUACGGAAGGCGGGCAGAUAUCAACGGAGAGAGAUCUAACUUCUGAGGUUCACUUCUUGGAGCAGAGCGUGAAAAAGCUUGAAGAGCAAGUUGAGAAUCAGAAAACAGUAAACGCUCAGCUAGAAGUUCAACUGCUUGACGAAGAGCAGUGAUCCAACUAAAGCACGAUUGACUUUGAGCUCCAUCUUGAAGGAGGCACCACUCUGACUCUGUUUGCAUUCUUUUUACUUUAGAAUUUUUUACUUUUUAACGGGAAACCGCUGAAUGGGUCCAUUCUUUGAAUGAACAGUUAGAAAACCAAAAGAAGCUUCUUUACAAGUUUCUUAAAGUCAUAUUAUAAUGAUCUGUUUGUAUAAAAAUAGUACCGCUCAUUUUACUGCAAAAC